AUGACUGUCAACAAAGAGUCAGGUUCCAGUCACCACCUCGACUUGAUGACUACAGCUCAAGACAAGGUCAUCAGUCAUCGUAUGCCAGUCCACAGUCGCAGCACAGGCCACGUGACUUCAGGCGAGAGCAACUCCGACCAUCAAGCAGAAACAACAGAGAAAGAUGCUCAGGAUGUGGAGUUUCAUGUCUUCACAUCAUUACAUCAUACCAUCAUUCUUGGUUUAGACUUUCUCCAGUCAAACCAUGUCAAAAUUGAUCUAUCAAACCGCACAGUUCACCUGCAUGAUGGAUUAAUAUCCGUAAGCUUGGUGGAUGCCAAUGCAGGGUUUGCUAGACCUCGCAAAACAGUUCAGAUUCCUCCCCACUCCCAAGCUGAUAUUCCUGUUAAAAUCUCCCGUUGUGAGAGCAACAGAGUAUUGCUACUGGAACCAUUUCCUGGCCUAGAGACACUCCAGCUUCAAGGAGCCAAAUGUCUCAUUCAAAGUGCCAAGGGUAGACCAUGUAUGAGGUUUCUCAACCCAACUGAUAAACCUGUCACACUUCGUUGUCAACGAAUAGUAGCCACAGCAUCCAUCAUUGACCCAUCAUCUGUCCAUACAUUGGAAUCUGAGCGAAUCUUAGAUCAUCCAUCAGUCAACACUGCAGUCCCUUCUAGCCCAUCAAAGCUAAGUGCUAACCUGAAUUUUGACCUGAGUGACUCAGAUCUCACAGAGACCCAGAAGCAACAGCUUGAGUGCUUCCUGUUGUCUCAAAGAUCUGUUUUCGCACGAGAAUUGUCAGAGCUAGGCACAACACAUCUGCAUCAACAUAAGAUUGAAACAGAGCAUACCCGUCCUGUUAGACUCCCCUUCUACCGCCAGUCAUCUUUAGUUAGAAAAGAAUGUGCUAGGCAAAUUAAAGAAAUGUUAGAUGCAGGCAUAAUAGAACCAAGUCAUUCUGAAUGGCAUUCGCCAGUAGUCAUGGUCAAGAAAUCUGACAACAGUUAUCGAUUUGCGGUAGAUUAUCGCAAGCUCAAUGCAGUUACGAAACCAAUAUUUUUCCCUCUUCCACGUUUGGAAGAUGUCAUAGAUGCUAUUGGUGAAAAACAUGCUCAGAUGUUCUCUGUUCUUGAUUGUGCAAGUGGAUUUUGGCAGAUACCACUUCACCCAGAAACAAAGCACAAAUCCGCCUUCAUCACGCAAGAUGGCAUUUUUGAAUUCAAUCGUCUUCCUUUCGGUCUCAAAAAUGCACCAGCAGCAUUCCAGCAAACCAUUUGUUCUGCUCUUCAAGCUAUGAAUUGGAAACACAUUUUAAUAUAUGUGGAUGAUAUGAUAAUCUACAGCAGAACAUUUGAAGAACACUUACAUCAUCUGAAAUGCGUUUUUGGCAAACUUAAAGAAGCUGGUCUUACCUUAAAACCAAGCAAAUGUAGAUUUGCAGCUAAGAGAGUAACGUAUUUAGGCCACGUCUUCAGCAAAGAUGGAGUAGAAGUUGACAAAUCAAAAGUAGAAGUUGUUAAAAGCAUCCCUUCUCCCAAAAAUGUCCAUGACAUCAGACAUUUCUUGGGUCUUGCAAGUUACUACCGCAAAUUUGUCCCAAAUUUUUCCCGCAUAGCAUCACCAUUGUACAACUUGCUUCAAAAGGAUGCCACCUUUAAUUGGUCAGACGAGUGUGAGCAGGCACUUAACAAAUUGAAAGGAUGCCUAACUUCAGCCCCUGUCUUAACAUAUCCUGAUCCCAAUAAACCAUUCAUUCUAACAACGGAUGCCUCUACCUCAGCCAUAGGUUAUAUCUUAGGUCAACGAGAUGCUUCUGGCCAAGAACAUGUCAUCUGCUAUGGUGGCCGUGCCCUUCAUGCUGCUGAGAAGAAAUGGGGCAUCACUCAACUAGAAUGUUUGGCUGUAUUAGAAGGCAUUAGAACUUUCAGGGUGUAUCUCACAUCUCAGAAGUUUAAGGUCUUCACAGAUCAUCAUGCUCUGAAAUGGCUUAAGGACAUCAAACAGGAAACAGGUCGUCUUGCUAGAUGGUCUCUCAUGCUGCAGGAAUAUGAUUAUGAGAUCGAACAUCGAGCAGGUAAAGCCAAUACAAAUGCUGAUGCUCUCUCUCGCAUUCCAUAUCCUGCACAGAUCAUAGAACCUGUCACUGAUGAUUUUCCUGUCCCACCAGUCCCAUCUAUCAACUACACCUCAGCCACCAUCCAGUCAAAUCAUCAUCCAAUCCAGCAUUCAUAUGCUGAAGCGGUUUCAACACCACCCACAAAUCCAUCAGCAACAACCAAUCACCAGAUUGCUAGUCAGCUCACUGCAGCAGAUAAUGACUAUGGGAUAUCUCCUGAAUGUUCAACUUCAGAAAACCUUCAUUUAUCUGGUCAGAAGGCUAUAGCACCUUCUUCAGCAUCAUCAAUAGAUCUGUAUGUUGAAUUCUGUUAUCAAGAUGAGAUUCCAUCAGGACCAACAGUUCAAACUAUUGGAACUGAUAUUCCGGAAAACAAUCUUGCAGAGAGACAGAGAAGUUCACCAGAUUUCAAGCCUAUCAUUGACUUUCUAGAGAAUGGUGAGAUUCCCUCUCAUUACAAUGAUUCUCAAGUCAAAGGUCUCCAAGGUCUCUCACAGGAGUAUGACCUAUGUGAAGGCAUCUUGUAUCAUUUCUACCUGCCAAAGCAUAGAGGACACAAGAACGGCCGUCACCCAAUGGUUACACAACUGGCAGUUCCUAUUUCUGACAGGAAAUCCCUGCUUUAUGCUUACCAUGAUUCCAAAGCAGGUGGGUGCCACUUUGGCCGGGAUGCUACCCGUCAGUCCAUUUUGACCAAAUACCAUUGGCCAGGCUUGUACCAAGAUGUUGAAACAUACAUCAAAUCUUGUGAAGAAUGUCAAAAAAGCAAACGUUGGGCCCAUUCAAAACCAGCUCCAAUGGUACCAAUGCCUAUUGAAGAUAACUUUUCCAGGUUACAUGUUGACAUCCUUGGGCCUCUUCCUCAAACAAAGGAUGGGCAUAAGUAUGUUCUUGUAGCUGUGGAUUCAUUCUCAAGGUGGAUUGAAGCAUUUCCAUUGCACACUCAAGAUGCUGUGGAAGUAGCAACAAAACUCUUUAAUGAAGUCUUCACAAGGUACGGUGCACCUCGAACUCUAGUCACUGAUAGAGGUCGCCAGUUCACAUCAAAGCUGGUCAAUGCUAUCUGUGAAAUCUUUGAGGUUAAGCACCACUUCACAUCGUCAUACCAUCCUCAGACAAAUGGAAUGGUUGAACGACGUAACAGUACAAUUGCACAAGCCUUAAAAUCUUACUGUAAGCCUGACCAAUCCAACUGGGCUGAUAUUCUUCCAUGUGUUCUCAUGUCAAUGCGAAACACACCGUGCCAAUCAACUGGUUACUCACCUCACCAUAUGCUCUUUGGCAGAGAGAUGUGUCUUCCAUUUGAUACUACACUCACACCAAAGCCAACACUUGGUAAAAAUGCAGAGACACAUCUCCAGCAGCUCAUCGACAAUCUGAAGGUUGUCAAAUCUAUUGCUCGCGACAACAUGUCUGUAAGUCAACAGAUAGACAAGGAGCAUCAAGAGCUAAAAUCAUCAGAACCUUCAUUCAUGUUAGGUCAACAGGUGCUUCUACACAGCCCUGUAAUCAAACAAGGACUUUCCCCAAAGCUGUCCCAAUCAUGGACAGGUCCUUAUUAUAUCACAGACAUUGGUCCAAACCACACCUUCAAAAUUCACAGAUGUUCAGAUGACAAAGAACAUAAAUCUUUGGUCCAUGCCAAUCGCCUGAAACCCUAUGUCCUCAGAGGUAAUGUUGCACGGCAUGUUGACGCAUCAGGUUCUUCUGCACCUACAUUGGUUUCAAGCAGAGCACAGGAACCAUUACCAGAUCCUCCUGCACAAACUUUCCAAGGCAGUCCUCCACUAGAAUCACCAGCCUCUAGUGAAAAGCCAACUGCAAAAGCAGAUGAAACUGUGCCAUCAGAGCACAAUCACAAGCAAACAAAAGAUCACAAUCAAGAUCAAUUCUAUGAUGUUGAAAAACUCUUGAAGUACAAAGACAUCAAUGGCAUAUGCCAUUUUCUUGUCAAAUGGGUUGCGCAUCCUACACCAACAUGGGAGCCACACCAUAACAUAGGACAAGGACUUAUCAGAGACUUCCACGUGCAUAAAACACAGGCUGGACGCAGUCGUAAGCACAAACGAUCACACAAAUAUUUUGUCUAA